AUGACUCAACAAAACCCCCUGCGAGUUCUGGUGAUUGUCUCACAUCGAAGCUCCCGAAUGCCCAAGGCUCAGAGCAACCCAGAAGCUCUACUGCCCAAAGCUAUUCGCCUUCUCAAAUCCACACAGCUCUAUGUCCCACAAGAGACCCACCCGGCAACGAGACUAGUAGCAGCCCAGAAAUGGCGAACAAGAGUUUUCUUCGUCUUCGAUAUCGGCCACACAGCCUAUGACGCCAAACUCGGCCACUUGCCGGAGCAGAACCGACUGCCGGUGGUGGUAGUCCACCUCAGCAAGAAAAACACAGCCUAUUGGGCCAAUGCCUGGUUGUCGAAAAGAGUCAACAGGGAUAUCGCCCUCUUCCACAAUGCCAAUGGCUUCGGGGGAGUUCCACCCUUUGUGGAAGAUCAUACCAUUGGGAAACCACCCGAGUACAUGAAUCCCAGGGAUGCUGCGCUCUUCCGAGCGGCAUGUUUGUCAUGA